CUUCCUCCUCCUCAAGCGAAACGUGUUACUGCUACUUGAGGACCCUCUAUCUCUCAUCGCCCUUCAAAGCUAAAGUUCUGAGGUCCCUCACCUUCAAAUCGUCAAUUUUUUUCAAGUACAUUUCAUUCGUUUCAUACCCACUGAUCCACGCAAUUUUAUCUGAUCAGCAUCAUUUGACUAUUUGGUGUGAUUCUCCAACCACUCCUUCGUUGAAGCAUCGCAGUUCUGUCUCUGUUUUACACUUCAAAAUACGAUAGCACUUUCCUGCUAUGAUUGCUGGACAUUUCUGGAUUUGUAGUUCAUACCACUAAUCCGUGCUACUCAUGGCGGCGCAGAGGAGUCUGAUAGGCGAUACUGGUAGGUUGUUGCGGGAUGAAGAGACCGCCGGGGACGACGAUUCGCCGUCCGGCAAGAAGCCUAAGUUGGAGAGGUCUCCAUUGAAUAGUUGGGAACUCGCUGCUGCUCUCGGCGUGUUCUUCAUUUUCUCCACCGGUUUGUUUUGCAUUUACUUGACAAUGCCAGCUGCGGAGUACGGGAAGAUUAAGCUGCCGCGCACAAUUUCAGAUAUUCGCGACCUCAAAGAUAAUUUUGCAGCAUAUGCAGAAAAUCACCGUGCUCAAUUCAUUCUUGGUUACUGUUCCACCUACAUUUUCAUGCAGACAUUUAUGAUUCCUGGAACAAUUUUCAUGUCCUUGUUAGCUGGAGCCCUCUUUGGAGUUUUUCAAGGGCUCUUAUUAGUUGUUUUUAAUGCCACUGCUGGAGCAUCAUCCUGCUUCUUUUUGUCGAAGUUAAUUGGGAGGCCUUUAGUUUCUUGGUUGUGGCCGGAGAAAUUAAGAUUUUUCCAAGCUGAGAUAUCAAAGCGUAGGGAAAAGCUCCUGAAUUACAUGCUUUUUCUGAGGAUAACCCCAACUCUGCCAAACCUUUUCAUCAAUUUGGCAUCUCCAAUUGUUGAUAUACCAUUUCAAGUCUUCUUUUCGGCGACACUGAUUGGUCUUAUUCCGGCCGCUUAUAUUACUGUCAGAGCCGGCCUUGCUCUUGGGGAUCUAAAAUCAGUGAAGGAUCUAUAUGACUUUAAGACAUUGUCAGUGCUCUUCCUUAUUGGUUUUGUCUCCAUGUUUCCUGCGCUGCUGAAAAGGAAGCGAAUCUAUGCAUGAAAGUUCGCUUUUAUCAUGCUUCUCUCAUCGAAGGCAAGUUACUUGAUCCUUUGAUUAGAUUGUGUACCCUUAGGUAUGAAUUAUAUUUAUAGUGGAUAAUUAUUUCCCGGGGCUUCCACGAGAAUUAAUAUACAAUGAUGAUGGAGGUGGCGCCAUUUUAUAUAUAUUUUUUCCUGUAGGCUCAAAAUUAUUUGUUAGGUAGCUGACGGAUUUAUUUACUUUCCUCUGUAUUAUCAUUAGUCAGUUGAAAAAGGAUGUAGCUGACAAGGUGAGAAAAUCCUGUUCAUGUCAAUGUAUUCAGCUUUAAUAU